AUGUUGGAUUCGACAAAUGAGUUGGUUCCAUUCUUUUGUAUGGCUCGCGACAGGUUCAAAGAAGAUGCUGUUCAAGAUUUGAAAAUUGUGAUGAAAAUAUCACGAGCCGACAGUGGUCGUGAGAAUUUUAUUGGUCCGUCCAAUGAAGUGGGAGCUAUUAUGGUUGGCGAUCUGGAAGACACAUGUGGGGAUAUGGAUAUUGUCAUUCACAGUAUUAAGGAUGGACUACAACGUAUAAGUGAUAUUCAUUCUAAGUUAAUGGCAUUACAAUACCCUUUGCUGUUUCCAAGAGGCGAGGAUGGAUAUUCCGAUGAUAUUCCUUAUGUCAAGACCAAAAACAAUGCUCAUAAGAGACGCCAAAGAAUCACCAUGAAGGAGUAUUACUCUUAUCGACUACAAGUCCGUCAUAAUGAAGGAAAUACUCCGAGGCUUGGUUGUAGACUAUUUCAACAAUAUAUUGUUGACUCUUUUUCGGCUAUUGAGCAAGCCCGUUUGUGGUGGUAUCGUACUCAUCAAACCACCCUUCGGAAUGACCUGUACACAAAUAAAAAAAAAAGUCUAAGCAUGGGUGAGGGCAGCACAUCAAAUGUUGGAAAAGGAUUUGUUCUGCCUGCCAGUUUUCUUGGAUCUCGAAGAUACAUGCAACAAUGUUUUCAAGAUGCCCUGGCUGUAUGUCGCCAUAUUGGGCAUCCCGAUAUUUUCUUGACCAUGACUACUAAUCCCAUGUGGGAGGAAAUCACUGAGAUGAUGAAAAACAUGCAAGGGUGCCUACCUGUUGAUUCUCCUGAUGUCAUUGCACGUGUUUUCAAGCUCAAGCUUGAUCAGAUUGUUGAUGAUAUAAAGAACAAGGGCUACUUUGGAACCUGUGCUGCAAUCAUGUAUGUUGUUGAGUUUCAAAAGCGGGGUUUGCCGCAUGUCCAUAUGCUCAUCUGGCUGGAUUCUCAAUCAAAGAAAAAACUUAAUUCAAAUGUUGAUAGUUUUGUAUCCGCUGAAAUACCUGAUCCCGAUGAAGACCCUGUUGGAUAUCAAGUUGUAGCUAGACACAUGAUCCACGGUCCUUGUGGAUUGCUCAAUACCAAGUCUCCUUGCAUGAAGGAUAUGAAGUGCACUAAACACUUCCCUAAAAAGUAUUCAUCUCAAACUAUGUUUGAUCAGUCGGGGUUUCCUAUUUACAAACGCCGCAAUACAGGUAUCUCUGUGAAAAAAGGGAAUCAACAACUUGACAAUCAGUAUGUAGUUCCAUACAACCGUGACUUGCUGGUGAAGUAUCAAUGUCACAUGAACGUGGAGAUUUGCUGUCAUGCACGUAGCCUCAAAUAUCUAUUCAAAUACUGCCUUAAAGGUUCUGACCGUGCUACUGUUGAGAUUACAAACAAAAACACUGUCUCUAAUUCCACAUCUCCUGAUGCCCCCAAAGAUGAAAUCCAAGCAUUUUUUGAUGGUCGUUACAUAUGCGGUUGUGAGGCUGCCUAUCGAAUUUUUGGAUUUGACAUCCAUUACCGAUCCAUCUAUGUUCUUCGUCUAUCAUUUCGCUUACCUGGCAAAAGGAACUGUACAUUUAGAGAAGAUGAAGAACUUCACAAGGUUGUUCAACGGGAGAAAUUUAAACAAAGUCAGCUUGAGGCUUUCUUCCAACUGAACCAGAAGGACACCAACGCCCAAAAGUUAACUUAUGAUGAAAUUCCAAGGUACUAUGUUUGGAAUGAGUCUGAAUCAGUUUGGACAGUUCGUAAGAAAGGGACACGAAUAAGUAGGCUUUUGUUUACUCACCAUACUUCUGGGGAGAUAUGGUACUUGCGGUUAUUACUCACAAAGGUUAGGGGACCAACCUCAUUUAACCAUUUUAAGACUGUUAAUGGUGUCUUUUGCAAUACAUUCAAAGAGGCAUGUCAGAAAUAUGGUUUCCUGGAGGAUGAUAAUGAAUGGAAUGAGGUUCUUGAUGAAUGUUCAAAAUGUGGUUUUCCAGGGCAGAUUCGCGAGCUUUUUGUCCAUAUAAUGGUGAACUGCCAAGUCACUGAUUUGUCUUCACUUUGGAAAAAGUAUUGGAAACCAAUGAGUGAUGACAUUGUCAUGCGAAUUCAAAAAGAUGCUUUGAAUGCUGAUUACUCUAUCAGCGACAAACAACUACAAUUUUACAUUCUAGCAGAGAUUGACAAAUUACUCAGAUCUAUUGGCAAAUCACUACAGCAGUUUGCACAGUUGCCGCAUCCUCCAGCUUCGUUUCUUCAGCGUGGAGCGGAUAAUUUGAUAAAGGAUGAGACAAGCUAUGAUGUUGAAAAAAUGGAAGAAGAAUUCAACAAGCUAUUCCCCAAUUGUAAUGCUGAGCAGCUGGAGGUUUAUAAUGCAGUAUACAAUUCAGUUCAAAAUGGCGAAGGUCGUUUGUUUUUUGUUUAUAAAAGUGGAGGCUGUGGAAAGACCUACAUGUGGAAAACUCUAAUAUAUAAACUUAGAUCAAUGGGGAAAAUUGUGUUGCCUGUGGCAUCUUCUGGGAUUGCUGCUACUUUGAUGCCUGGUGGCCGGACUGCCCAUUCUAGAUUCAAGAUUCCAAUUAUUUUAGAUGAAGAUUCAUGUUGCUCAAUAUCUCACAAUUCUGAUAUUGCGGAGCUUAUAAAGAAUACCAGCCUUAUCAUAUGGGACGAGGCUCCAAUGCAGCACAUGUAUGCUUUUGAAUGCCUAGACCGAUCAUUUAGAGAUAUUAUGAAAUCGGUAAGUCCUGAAAGAGGCCAGAUGGUUUUCGGAGGCAUUACAAUUUUGUUAGGUGAAGAUUUCAGGCAGAUACUUCCUGUAAUCAACCUUGCUUCUAGGGGUGAAAUUGUAUCUGCAUGUAUCACACGAUCUAGAUUAUGGGCCGCUGCUAAAAUCUUCCUUCUAAAACAGAACAUGCGACUAAACCAGGGAGAGUCUGAAGCUGACCGAGAGAAUUUAAGAAUUUUUGCAGAGUGGGUACUUAAAAUUGGGGACGGUAAGAUUUCUCCCCCAAACACUAUUGACGCAAACCAAAAUGAAGAUGAUAUUGAAAUUCCAGCUCAAUUCUGUGACACCACUGUUGCAAACAGUGUGGACAAUAUGAUCAACUGGACUUUUCCUGAUUUUCCAAGUUGUUUUCAAAAUCCAAAAUAUUUGAGUGAGAGAGCAAUUCUCACUCCAACAAACCAAACAGUUGGUCAUUUGAACUCUGUCAUUGUUGAUACUAUCCCAGGAGACAUAAAAUCAUACUACAGCGUGGAUAAAGCAGAAGAUUUUGGUGGCACUGCUUCAGAUUUGAAUUUUGCAUUUCCUCCUGAAUAUUUGAAUUCAUACAAUAUUCCUGGACUACCACCCCAUCAAAUGGAUUUCAAGGUUGGUGUUGCUGUAAUGCUGAUGCGAAAUUUGAACCAAACUUUGGGGCUUUGCAAUGGAACAAGGAUGAUGGUGACUAAAUUAAUGAAACAGUGCGUUGAAUGCGAAGUAAUUUGUGGUGCUUUUGUUGGGAGUAGACACUUUAUUCCCAGGAUGGAGCUUUAUCCCACUGAGACAAAACUCCCUUUUAAGCUUAUCAGAAAACAAAUGCCUUUGUAA